AUGGUUAGUCUGGCCUCCCUCCCACGAGAUGUUCUCCUUGAAAUCUUCUCCUACUUUUGUCUGCAUUGUCGAGGCGACCUAAGACCUCUCAAGGGAGUCGGAACCCCGCACCAGCAAAAACGGCGGUGCCGUGAACCUCAGCAACCUGACCAAAAGUCAUGGUACUCGGUCGAUAAAUAUACCCUGUUCUCCCUGGCGGCCUCUUGCAAAUCACUGCAUGCUGUGGCAGAGGAUAUUCUAUACCAUGACUUUGCACCUGGCUAUGGAGACUCUGAGUUGUCCGAGCUUUAUACCUUUGGCAACAGACUGAACCAAUUCAUGCGCACCGUUGGAUCACGCAAAGACCUCGCUGGCAAGGUUCGCUUCCUCUUUGUUCAUCCAAAACACUCCAACGGGUCUGUGAAACGAAUCGUCCUGUCUUUGAAGCAGGGUGCCGCUGACCUCGGCAUCGACAUUGCCCAAUCUUGGCGGUACCGGGCAGAGCACUUUAUGAAGUCUUGGACGCCUGAGCAGAUGCAAGCAUGGGGAGUACAGCACGAGUAUCAAUUCAUGCUCAAUUCAGCCUUCACUGAUGAAAUCUUGGAGUAUCCACUCCUAAGCACCCGUCAGCAUUAUCUUGAAAGGGGUUUGGACCGUUUAGUUUCGAAAACAUACUCAAUAACGGCAAAUAACCUGUACAGAUCUCUGCACCACGAGCUCAUACCUAUGCUGAUUGCAAUGCUCCCCAAGCUGAGUCACAUUAUUUACACAUCCAAAACGGUAUUUGAAGAAUUUCAACACACCGCUUUUGACGAUCUAGGGGUGACAAAGCUUCCGCAUCUUCGGACAUUGGAGUUGGAUAGGGAUCUGUUUUCCAUUUUGAAGCGGGCACCGAACUUGGAGCAGCUUGACAUCAUAGACUCCUUUUCUUCAGGAACGGAUCAAGGUCCAGGAGGUGACCAGUCCAUGAUCAGAACCCUCCGGUUGGAAAACACAUCCUUGCCCGCAGAGCUCGGCAGACGACUAUCUUUCGCAGCCAAAGACCUUCGGUCCUUCGUUGUUGAGUCUAGUGGGGCAUUCCCACGGCGCUGGGUUCCUGCAGAUGCUUUUAGGAAGUUAUGUGAUUAUCGGCACAGCUUGGAGACAUUACACUUGGAUCUUCGCUGUGCGAAACUCAUCUCUCGCCCCGGCCGUCGCGACAGCACGUUCCGAGACUUCGGGAAGCUUCAACACGUCUUUUUGAACACGCGACUUAUGUUUCACAUUUCACCUGAACGUUGUUCGAUUACUGGAUUAUUACCGCCGUCAAUCGUAUCGCUGCACUUGGCCUGGGACGGUCUAGAGUUGGAUCCAAAUGAAUGGGGGGACUUGCCGUUGAGAUUUGUGGAUGAGAGCGUAAAGCAGCAAAGAGAACUUAGUCACUUAGGACAGGCUUUACUAGAGCUUGCUAGUGUCAAGGCUGAACGCUUUCAAGAUCUGAAGCAUAUUGGCAUUGACUGUUGGGACAAGGUGGAUGCAGCUGUCCAAAAGGCCUUACUUGAGGCCGGUAUUGGGUUUGUGCCCGAAAGUUGGCCAUCGGCUUAUCAGAAAUGA